UGCAACACGCAAUUUUCGAGGUUGAGAGAUUGAUGCUAUAACGUUCAGUUGCAGUCAUUUAAUAUAGUGCUUAUAAAAAAUAUUGUGCUCAAAAACGUGUGAAAAUCAAGACAAACCUUAAAACACAAUGACGAUCGACAUUCGGCCAAACAACACUAUUUAUAUAAAUAACCUUAAUGAAAAAAUUAAAAAGGAGGAGUUAAAAAAGUCCUUGUAUGCCAUAUUUUCACAAUUUGGGCAAAUCUUGGACAUAGUGGCUCUAAAAAGUUUGAAGAUGCGAGGACAGGCUUUCGUCAUAUUCAAGGAAAUCAGCAGUGCUACAAAUGCUCUGAGAGCUAUGCAAGGAUUCCCAUUUUAUGACAAGCCUAUGCGAAUAAAUUAUGCCAAAACGGACAGUGACAUCAUUGCCAAACUAAAGGGCACAUUUUCGGAGAGGCCCAAAAAACCCAAGAGAGUGGUGCCAGCAGCUGAUGAAGAGGCAAAGAGAGCCAAGAAGAGGGCCAAAGAACAGGCCAAACAACAACAAAUGGGCUAUGCUCCAGGAGCCCUACCUCAAAUGGGCAUGACGAAUGCAGCUGUGCCGGAGCAACCUCCAAAUCAAAUUUUGUUCCUCACCAACCUACCGGACGAAACCAGCGAAAUGAUGCUGUCGAUGCUGUUUAACCAAUUCCCUGGUUUCAAGGAAGUGCGAUUGGUUCCAAAUAGGCACGACAUCGCAUUUGUGGAAUUCGAAAAUGAGGUGCAAUCUGGAGCAGCCAAAGAUGCUCUUCAAGGGUUCAAGAUAACACCGUCUCACGCAAUGAAGAUAUCAUUCGCCAAGAAGUAAAUGCAUCAAAUAACUUAGCUUUUAAAAAUAAUAUAUAAGAUUAAUUUUAAUGAGACUAAACUACACGAAAAAAAAUGGCAAGUCUCAAUUAUGUCGCUUAUAAUAUUCCGCCUUGUACAAAUUUUUGCAAUUAAAUGUUUUAAUCACAAAUGAGUGAGCUUAUAAUACUAUGUUUUUAAUGAUUAGCGAUACGUAUAAGUCAGAUAAAAAAGGUAAACAAGUAGGUAUUCAUUCAUUGAAACAGUUGCAUUCAACAACUGAUGUGAGAUGAAAUAAGAAUUAGCUUCCCUGGUUUCAAGGAAGUGCGCUUGGUUCCAAAUAGGCACGACAUCGCAUUUGUGGAAUUUGAAAACGAGGUACAAUCUGGAGCAGCCAAAGAUGCUCUUCAAGGGUUUAAGAUAACGCCGUCUCACGCAAUGAAGAUAUCAUUCGCCAAGAAGUAAAUGUAUCAUGUAACUUAGCUUUCAAAAAUAAUAUAUAAGAUUAAUUUUAAUGAGACUAAAUUAAACGAAAAAAAAUGGCAAGUCUCAAUUAUGUAGCUUAUAAUAUUCCGCCUUGUACAAAUUUUUGCAAUUAAAUGUUUUAAUCACAAAUGAGUGAACUUUAUAAUACUAUGUUUUUAAUGAUUAGCGAUACGUAUAAGUAAAAAAAGUAAACAAGUAGGUAUUUAUUCAUUGAAACAGUUGCAUUCAACAACUGAUGUGAGAUGAAAUAAGAAUUAGCAAAUAAAUUAUUUUAUAAA